AUGACCGCCAACCCCACCCAGUGCCCCUCUGCCGCCGUCAAGAUCGUCGGCGACUGCCCCCACUGCAGCAAGGUGUUCUGCAGCGCCCACCGCACCCCGGAGGCACAUAACUGCACUGGCAUGCAAGCAUGCCGCGACGCCGCGUUCCAGGCCAACAAGGAGCGUCUGGAGCGUGAGCGUACCGUCGCGCACAAGAUCGCCCAGGCUUAG